ACUCACCUCUGGACCACAAGCACCUGCAGACUUCACAGAGAGAGAGAGAGAGAGAGAGAGAGAGAGACUACAUUUGACCAGACAGACACAGGUAGACUCUACAGGUAGACAGGUAGACUACACUCGACCAGACAGACACAGGUAGACUCUACAGGUAGACAGGUAGACUACACUCAACCAGACAGACACACAGAAGACAUGAUGCUGCUACGAGUCACUACUCUGCUCCUAUUGGCUGGUGGACUUUGGGACUCUGCAACAGCUGCUACAGGGUCAGACGGGGCCAUUGACUGUUGCCUGACGACAAGUUCCGCUCGCAUCCCUCGUAACAUUGUGAAGUCCUACGAAGUCCAGACCACUGACGGAGGAUGCAAAGUCGACGCAACGCUGUUCACCACAAAAAGAAACAAGAAACUGUGCGCCCCACCUGCCUCCCGAGAGAAGUGGGUGCGAGACAUCCUCAAGCGUCUUAACAAGGAAUCAUCACCGCGUGUGGGAAAAGGCUGCAGAAAAGGAAAGAACCAGAAGCGAGGAAGAAGAUGCAGAAACAGGCAGUGACUCCUGCACUGCGCUGACGACUCCUGAAGCGCGCGGGUGUGUGUGUGUGAGCAGAUCCAUUUGUGUGUGACUGUGUGAGAAUGUGCCUUGUGUGUGUGUGUGAAUGCGUGGUGUGUUGUGUGUUUUUGUAUAUAUACUGUGUGUGUGUGUGUGUGUGUGUGUGUGUGUGUGUGUGUAGACAAGUGAGUCUGCAAUCAUAGGGGACUAGUGUUUGGUGCCAGUUGAAUAGGUCACAUCUGUUGUCAUGCCAUUUGGCAGAAAGUCCAAUGCGUUGACGGCUGCCCGAGACACAGUGGAACCAGUUGAAAAGCUGCUGCGAUUAUGUGUGUCACCUACUGUAUAGAUGUGUAACUAUCAUUUCUACAUGCACUUUUCUUUCAGAAAAAUAAUUGCUCUAAGAUGCUACUCCUUUUAAAGGUUAUCAAAGCACUCUCUGUAUUCUAUAGUCCAUGUUUGUAGCACAUUAGACGUCUUAUGUUCUUCUCUGUCAGAGGUUGUAAUUUUUUGAUAAAUAAUACAGUGAUAUACUGUUGUGUAUAUUUUUGUACUGCACAUCUAUUAAAGGUUUAUAUUUAAUGA